GAUCUCUGCUGACUAUGCAGACUUUCAUGUUUCAUCUCAUAGUCCUUCAGAUGACAGUAUAAAUGUAAAAAAGUCUUCAGGGAAAUACUGGCAGCAUAUACCACAUUAUUUACCUAUUUAAACAUCUCUGCACUUCCCCUCCUUUGUCAGCUUUUCUUUUUCUGUUCAGUUUAGAGCAUGUGUGCAUAGUACCAGAGUCCUACAGUGUUUGUGCAGCAGGAAGAACAUAAACCAUUACUAAGUUCUGUUUUGGUUCCAGACCUUAUUUUCAUGGGUGCAUACAAAUCCUAUGUAUAGAAACAAAACUCUAGAAUCUCAACUGUGCCAAAAUACAGUUUGUCAAAUCUUACUAUACUGUUCAAUGUAUUUUGUUUCAGACUUCCCCUUUACUUGAGUAAUUCACACUGCAUUGGUGGUGUGGUUUAACCCUGGUGGGCAGCUGAGCGGCACACAGCUGCUUGCUUCCUCCCCUCCCAGUGGGACUGGGGAGGGACUCUGAAAGGUAAACCUGGGAAAACCCAUUGCUUGAGAUAAAGACAGUUUACAUUGGCUGCUGUCUGAUUUCAGUUAAAUUGGAAUGUGAGAUGUUUUCCUGUGUCUGUGACCAUCAGGAAAAGCUGCUUACUACACCUCCGUACUAAGGCUAUGUAUGAUUGAGCCUGCAUAUUUUAGUCACUGCACUUCCAAUAUAUGCUAACUCAUUUGUUGGGAAAGUUUUAGUUGGUCACCUCUAAGUUGAGAUGGGUCUAAAACUUUCCUUCAGAAGAUAAGGGAGGUAAUUGCAGCAGGGAUAUCAUUAUGCACGUUGACAAACAAGUAAACUCUCUCUUCAGUAUUGACCUCACAGAUGAUGCAACUACUAGUAAUGGUGGUGUCAACAGUGCAGAUCUGAAGCAACAAGAAGAUGACAGCAGCUUCUCCCUGCUGACCUGGAACAUUGAUGGGCUGGAUGUAGGAAAUCUAAUAGAGCGAGCUAGAGGAGUCUGUUCUUAUGUAAGAUUAUACAGUCCAGAUGUUGUGUUUUUACAAGAGGUUGUACCACCACAUCUCGGUUUUCUACAGAAGAGACUCAGCAACUACACCAUUAUUCCAGGUAAUGUAGUUGGCUAUUUCACUGCCAUAAUGUUGAAGAAAUCAAGUGUGAAGCUGCUGAAACAUGAGAUAAUACCUUUUCCAACAACCUCCAUGAUGAGGAACCUUUUAGUUGUGCAUGUGAGCAUAUCUGGUAUUGAACUUUGCCUUAUGACCUCUCAUCUGGAGAGCACUAAACCACACUCCAAGGAGCGUGUAAAGCAACUGCAAAUAGCAUUAAAGAAAAUGCAGGAGGAGUCAGAGUCCACCACUGUUAUAUUUGGAGGGGAUACAAACCUCAGAGACAGUGAGGUUGCUAGACUUGGUAAGUUACCUGGCAACAUUGUGGAUAUCUGGGAGCUUUUGGGCAAACCUGAGCACUGCCGCUACACUUGGGACACGCAGUCCAACUCCAACCUGAAUGUAACCUACAAAACCAAGAUGAGGUUUGACCGCCUGUUCUUGCGGCCUGCAGCAGAAGGGGGAUGUGUUAAACCACAAAGUAUGGACUUAGUUGGGUUGGAAAAACUGGGCUGCGGCAGAUUCCCUAGUGAUCACUGGGGUCUCCUGUGUAACUUCCAUGUGACACCAUGAAA